CGCAGCCUCGUAGUUUGUCAGGAAUUACCGUGGAGAACAGAGUUGCACGUGAACUUUGUGUUUUGUCUGUGAUUACGUUGCUGUCGCAAAAGAAGUUCGUUUCGGGAAGAGGAAGAUUAAUUCUUCGCCAUCAUGCAGUUCCCUGAUACUACCUCCUUCCCGCAGCAGUACUGCUAUCCGAAUCUGCUGACCAUGCAAAACCAGAACAACAACGCGGCAAUGAUUUCGUUUGCCCCGUAUCCGAUUCCUGGAGCUCUCUACAACGGACAGCCGGUGGUGACGUCCGACGUACUGCAGAACGUUUUCAAACUGAUGGGCACCGAUUUUUCCAUGCCGGAAUAUCCAAUCAAAGUUUCAACGUGUGAAGCCACGAACGACGGCUGCAUUGGAAAUGAACCGGAGUCCAUGGGAAGGACUAAUUUAAUAGUCAAUUAUUUACCACUCGAAUUGUCCCAAGAGGGACUUCGUAGAAUGUUCUCGCCAUUUGGUGCUAUCGUCAGUUGCCGCAUAAUCCGCGAACAUUGCGGAUGGGACGGCGACCGAAGAGUUCUUGGAGGAAGCCUGGGCUACGGCUUCGUCAACUUCGCGUUUUCAUCUGAUGCGCAGAGGGCCGUGUGUGUGUUGAAUGGCACGAAGCUCCUGGGAAAAACCCUCAAGGUGUCAUUUGCACGUCCGAGUUCGGACGUGAUAAAAAACGCGAACCUGUAUGUCAAGAAUCUCCCGCGCACGAUUACUUCGCAGCAGUUGGAGCAGAUAUUCUCUCCUUUUGGAAACAUUGUCACAACGCGAAUCAUUCUCGACAGGCUAAGUGGCUUGCCGACUGGUAUCGGGUUCGUGCGCUUCGACACUCGAAUGGAGGCCGAAAGAGCCAUAACCUCUUUAAAUGACACUCAGCCCAUUGGUUUUGAUCAACCAAUAAUCGUGAAAAUUGCCAUGGCCGGUAGACCGCGGCUCCCUUUGUCUCCGGAGCGUCUGCCUGAUGGCGACCACGCCCUCAAACCUGGACCCGAUGAAGCGAACAUUGGACGUAGUCGGAUCAAUCGAUUCGUUGAACGAGCGCGAAGUGAACCCUUCAUAGAGCACGUCACAGAUUCUGAGCAACAUUCGUGCAACUUGCAAUUUUCACACCCGACGGGAUCCUGGAGGAAGACACCUGUCGGUGCGUCGGAAGAACUCAUCCAAGGCACGAUGAAUCCUGGGCAUCGAGGAUGCUCGUCGCUUGGUAUGCGAACCAACACUUCAGGCAAGUAUGUCAUCCGUGUGAAACACUUGCCGCGGGGUUUGAAUAAUGUAGUCGUCAAAAGCAUGUUCCAAGUCUACGGUGAUGUCGAGCACGUUGAGAUGCACCGUGACCAAGCGUAUGUGACGAUGGUUGAUCUAGUGUCAGCUUUGCAGGCGAUCAGCACGGUGAACGGGCAUCGAGUCGACGGAAAACGGCUGACGGCUCAUUUUUGUUGAAAUCGAUCGUUCAUCCAUAAAUUCAAUGCAGAAUAUUUGAACAAGAGCUUUUUCUUCAUAGUCUUUUAUACUUGCAAACGUGCAGUUCGAUCAUUCGAAGCUUUUUUAUGCGUCGAGGAAGCGUUUUUCAUUGCAGUAAUUCUUGUGAUCUGAAACCGGUACUGUAUUACUUUUCCUGUAUUAUAUUGGCAUGCUUGAUCUUCCAUGCCAUCAUAUUUUUAACGUGCUAUUCGUUUCGAAAAGUUUGCUCGGAACGAAGGACGUUUGAAUUAUCGGUACAGUACCUUUUUUGGCAUUAUUACUUCCGUUCAUGGUCUCUCGAAAUGUCGAAUUCCUUUGUGAAUUUUUUCGGAAAGUGCACGGGUUUUUGUUUGGAACUCGCGAAGAAAUUAGCAUGUACAUUACGUUUUUAUGCUUUUUUGAAGCUUUUCGUGCGACGGGAACAUGGCGCACGAUUGUUCAAAUGAUAUCAUGAACCAGUGAGUCACCUUGCAAGAGCUCAAAAAACUACUGUAGCCAGUUUACGGUCAGACCUUGUUACUUUACCAGAAAAAUGUCGUUCAAUUCAGGGGGAUCUUUUCAUAGUGAAAACUUCUUGUUUCUCAAAUUCAUGAUGGGACUAAUUUCGAAUUUGAAUAUCAAAUUAUUAUGCAGUGAAGUUAUUUCUUUUCAGUUUCGUGUUCGAAUUUCAUCACCUUAAAUGAACUGCCACUGACUACUUUGAAGAAAUAGACUUCUGAAGCCUCGUAUUCUCGAUUUUGCUAUGCUUGCAUCAAAUUGCGGAAGUGCACUUUGAAUCAGUUGGUAACCUUUUAUUCGUUUAUUAAUGGUAGCAUCUCAGAAGGGUGAAGCUUCAGUCGGAAUAAAUCUAUCUUAUUGUGAAGAGGAUUUUGACCUUCUCAUAAGAAAUGAAUUCGCGGUUUUUCGAAUGAAGCCGUCUGAUGUUCGUGUGAGGCCGAAGUGGUUUUGUGCGUCGAGCGAUUGUAUCCUGUUUUUGUUCGUAAUGCUGAGUUUACUGUGCCGAAUUUGUUAUUCGUGUUGAUCUGUUCUCGACCAGACUGCUUUGGCCGUAGUUCGCUAGAAAUGAAUUCAUGG